AUGGCCCGCACCAAGCACGGUGUCUUUUCUUGGGAGGAUGUACUGGCGCAACGAUAUCAGAGUAAUAAGCCUCCUCCUCUUCCUCGCUCCGGCCGCCGAACCCGUUCAGACCCGCAGCCCCAACCUCAAUGCGGGCUGUUGUCGCGUCUUUCGCCGGAGCUACGGCUCAUCAUCUGGGAGAUGGCUCUAGGAGGACGACGUAUACACAUAAUUCAGCGUAAUCAACGAUUGGGGCACAUUGUGUGCCCUCUCCGCGAAACCAUGCCGUCAUCGGCCAAAAUCAAGACUCAGCAGGGAGCACGCAAUCCCUUCUGCGAAAUCUGCAAUGGUGGUGGAAUCCCUCAGCCUGUGAAGGAAGGCGAUCUGAUCAAUGCAAAUAACGGGGACAUGCUACUAGGGCUAGCAUUAACCUGCCGACAAAUAUACAACGAAUCCAUCCACCUCCUCUACACCCUCACCACCUUCGAAUUCAGCAACCCUUGGUCCCUCCCCUAUCUCCGCCCCACAAUCCCCACCGACCACUGGGCCAGCAUCCGCUCCGUCGAACUUCGCUGGUCCUUCCCCGGCCACUGGCUCCCCAGCAAAGACCCCGUCCGCACGAUCUACGUCUCCGCCGGCCGCGCCCAGUGGCUCGAAACCUGCGCCUCCCUCUCGCACCUACCUGGCCUGCGCUCUUUCACCUUCAUCCUCGGCAGCACCUGGUUCAGCGAGCCCAUUGAGAAACUCCCCGUCUUCCUGGACCCGCUGCGCGCCCUGACCCUGCCCCCGCACAGCGAGCCCGCAGACCACGGCAAAGGCCCCCGCUAUGCCUCGAGCGGGAGCUCGAGCUCGGGAUCCGCCAGCUCGGACGAGGACUGCGGGAGUCUGAGCUCCUCGUCCUCUCUCGAUGGUCCUGCAUCCCCGAGAACGAGGGCACGACCUCCCCUGCGCUCGUGCUGGUCCUCCUAUGCGCGGCUCCCAGUCGAUGCGGAUGCGGCGCGCCUAUCGCGUCCCACGGAAGGAAGGGGUCUUGCGGCAUGGGAUCUGCGGUUGCAGGGUAUGCCGUACUACGAGGCGGAGGUGGGGUGGAUAGGCGAGGACCUUCGGCGGAGGGGGAUCGACUGUUGCAUCUCACUGCAGUGA